UAUAUUUAUAUUUGGAAUUGUUUCUUCUCUAAUAAUUCACAUGGCCUUCUCGUGCAAAUCAGCUGUUUGCAGAGAUCGCCAUUCAACUUUCGAGACUACUAAAAAACCUUCAUUAUCGGCAAUUUUCGGCUCCUCCUCCAGUUUUUGCUUAUUGGCUAUUUUUAUUCUUCCUUUUUUAUUGUUUUCUUCCGAAAGUGCGUCAGCAGCGACAAUUUCGCCGAUAACAGGUGAAGAAACGGAAAUGAGGCACCAACAACAAAAUCACCAACGACGGCAACAAAAUAAUGAUGAUGAAGAUGAUGGUCGGGCUGUGGGGACUGGAAGAAAAUGUGAGAUCAAAGUCCAUAUUGUAAAACACGUUAGAGGGGAGUGUGUCCGUCUUUUUGGCGGAAAGCCAGCGUGUCAGUCAGAAGAAUAUGUAGAUCCGGAAAGUGAACAAUGUCGAAAUGAAGAACCUAUAUUUCUUCGAAAAUAA